AUGCAUAGUAUUUUCGCUGGUCUUGCCUUCAUUCUUACUUCCUCUCAAAUAACCCUCAUCAAAGGCGAUUGUGGAAGAAAUGGUUACAGCGGUGAUACUGAAAGACGCGAGAUGUCUUAUAAUCCUGAACUGUCGUACAAGAUGGCGAUUCUCUCUGCGGUAGCAUAUGAUCAAUCUCACCCUCAGCAUUGUCUUGAUCAACACCUGCCAUCAACCAAAUUUCAACUUCAAACGGUUGUUACAAAGAAGUGUGACUUCCUCGAUAACAAGUGUGCUGGUUAUGUAGCGGUUUCGCAUUCUUUGCGAGUCUUGGUCGUCGCGUUUCGCGGAACUGAAAGCACAAGUCAACUUAUCGAUGAAUUGCUAGAGACCAUUCUUACCCCAUCCCAAGAUUUUCUUAAUGGCAAAGUUCAGGCCUAUUUCAAGGCGGCCUUUGAAGAUUUAUGGCAGUGCAUGGAGCCGAUAGUGAAAGCUGUCGUUUCAAAGAAUCCCUCUUAUCAGAUCUGGUUUACAGGGCAUUCUCUUGGUGCUGCCUUAGCGUCCUUGGCGAGUGCUUGGCUUGUUUAUUACAACAUCGCUCCACGUCAAAACGUCAUCUUAUACACGUUUGGGAGCCCUCGAGUUGGCGACUACAAAUACGCUCUGCAACACGAUCAAUUAGUCAACAACAGUUGGAGAGUUGUUAUUGACAACGACAUAGUUCCUCAUCUACCGCCCUUAAUGCUGUUCUUUAUAAAAUAUGGUCCCUAUCACCAUGGUGUGGAGGUGUUUUACAGCGAAAAGGCCCUCAAUGUGCAUUCUGCACACAGAGAAUGUCACGGAACACCGCACGACGAGGACAAAUCAUGCAGCCGCAGCAAGUCACCGUUCAAAAAUCUGCAGGAUUCCAUUAAACAGCAUCGUGCAUACUUCAACAUUACAUUCGGAACUUUAUGUGAAGAAUCUGUCAGCUCACGUUACACCUCAAAAAAGACGCGGUUCCAGUUUCGUGAAGAUCGUUGUACGACCUACAUGUUUUGA